AUGGCACGAAGACUACAAACGUUCAAAUACUUCAAAUUUGCAAAUUCCAGUUUUACAACGACAAGCACAGCAUUCCAUCCAGCUCUUUCUCUGUUUUCUCCGCAAAACGCCAAAAUACCAUCAAUUCAUCCAUUCAUCCGUCGAUCCAUUCAUCCGUCGAUCCAUCCAUCCAUCCGUCCAUCCACCUAUCCGUCCAUCCAUUCAUCUAUCCAUCCGUUCACCUAUCCAUCUAUUCAUCCAUUCGUCCAUCCAUCCGUUCAUCCACCAAAUCCAUCCACCAUCCGUGCCUUCAUCCGUCCAUUCAUCCAUAGAGUUGAAUUUUCGCACCCUUUUCCACAGUAA